AUGUCGUUGGAACGCUUUAACAAGGCCGUUACGGAGAUGCGAACAAAGCAAGCCGCAGCUCGCGAUCAUAGUCUCGAUUCUUCUUCCUUUUCUUCUCCUGACUACCCAACUAAUAAUCGACGAGAGCGAACUGGGCACCGUGAGAUUCUCCUCUUCAGGGUUAGAGAAGUGUGCCUUGAGUUCUUCGCGUGCCGGUCCUUCGUUUGCCACUUAAAGCGGAAGGAAAGAGAGCAAUCCAUUCUUGGCUUUCAGAAGAGGGCUUUCUCGAUGAGAGGCUUUUUUCUCCUUCCGAAGAAUCCUGCCAUGAUUUUGACGAGCAAGUUUCGAGAAAAGAUAACUGGUAUGGCUCCGUCUGAGGAUCGGUCCAAGAAAUUGGUCUCAAGCUUUUCUUGGAAGCUUUCCGUUGCCUAUCUCAAUGUAAUCGACCCUAGUGGCUCUUCCUUUCUAUAA